CAAACAAAACAACUUUUUUGCUCACGCGUGCAACAAAACAAAAUCAUAAAGCUCACAUUUGUCGGCAUCUCAAUGUCGAGAAAGUUUGAAAUAGUUUUCGAAAUAUGAAAAGGGGUUGACAAAUUAGUCGCGUAUACUCCACUUGGAAAAGGAAAUAGAGGGUGAUUUUUGCGUGGUUGGCCAGUUCCACAUUCACCAAGAAUGUCGUUUCAUAACGUCGACGUGAAUUCAGAGUUCUUUACGCCACAAGAGUUCGCUGUCGAGAUACUGGAAAUUGCGAAACACCAAGAUGUGAUCCCCUGUUGUCUCAACUUUAGUGCCAAGCAGUUCUUGGCGUUUAUGCUCUUCAAGGAAUAUUACUUCCUCCAAAACGGAAUCUCAGUAUUGAUUCAGGAGCCUAUUCCAUAUGAUGACGAUAUUAAUCUGGUAGAGUUGCUGAAAGGGCAGGACAACAGGAUUUGUGGGUCAAUAAGAAAACUCUCGGGCCCUCCACAAUGUCAUGUACCACUAGAAACCUUGUCCAAUAUUCAGACAAUACGAUUACCAGAGUGGCCGGACGAGAGCGACGCAAAAUACGACAAUUUUGUAAAGAAGGAGGCAGAACUACUGGACAAUCUUUGUGUUCCAUGUACCAUUUUUUGCAGCAAGAAAAAGUUCCUAAAGUUGACGACGUGUGAAAAAACUGGUACCAGGCGAAUACCACUUGAAAAGCUAUCCCUCGUCAUUUGCGAUAAUGUUCAUGAAGCUUUGAGGAAUGAUGACACCAAAUCCCAACUAUUAGACAUCUUCUCUCUCAUCAGAUCCUGUAACACUGAGAGGUCUAAAUUGGAAAAUUCUGCACCACCCAUUCGUAUGAUUUUUCUCACAGUAUCACUGCUGCAUUUUUAUGGGAAUGAAUGCGAUGGUUUUUGGAAAAUGAAGGAAACUUUCAAAAGAUUAGAAAGGCUUUGCGGUGCAAAAGUGGACACUUCCAGUGACGUCGUUGCCUUAUUGAGAUAUUCAUCCACUGUGACGGAACGAAUUAUUCCUAUGAACCCAAUUUUUCUUGAAGAAACCGCAGUCAAAUUGAGCAGUGAACUUCGACGGACUUUGUGUGGCUUGAAAACUUUUCUGGAAAAUCACGUCUUUGAUCCAGUUGCUGCCUUCGGUUUCGACCCCAACGCCCCACGCACAAUAAUAAUAGAAGAGGAGGGAGCUGAACCUGAAGACGAAACUGAUUCUAUCGCAGAGGAACUCAAGAAAAUUGGUCACCCAAAUGCGGAACCUUUAAAUAUCAUUCGUCAAUUCGAGUCCAUUUUGCAAAACUUUGGUCCUUGGUGUGCAGAACGGUCACUAAUUUUAUUAUUGCAGUUGGUGGAUCGCUUAAAGGUCCGUACCCCAUACGAGAGACACUACUUGUUAUUAGGAGCAUUACAAACUCGACUAAUUGUCCUUCAAUCAGCAUUUUACAAGGCGUUUAAGAAUCUCGACCCACUCCAAGUUCUUGAAACUUUUUCCACUCCGAAAUUACGUUCAAUGUUAGACAUUCUCAGAAGAUUUGAUUUGACUUCUCCAAUCGAGUGCUACAAGCCAAGACGUCCUGUUAUCAUUGAUGAUGAGGACGAAGACAAGAAUGAUGCAGAACAAGACAGUGGCAUUGCUAACUGCAAAACUCCUGCUCCUACCAAGACCUGCCGAGAACGACGGCGGAAGAACGUUCGCUGGGAAACAUCCCGGAAAGGUCGAAAAGGACAAAAUAAAAAUAAACGAAAAACGUCAGACUCUGAUCCAGUAGCAGAAGACGGAGGAGAGCCGACAACUACAGUAGUUGAUACUGAAGAAGUACCAAAUGCAGAAAUUGAUCAUAGUGUUGUCCAGGACGUAGAAGUUGAGCAAAUUGUAGCAGAGUCAGCAGUUCUACCAGCAGAAAGUAAAGAAAAUGGCAUUGCCAGUGAAAUUGCGCAAGAUGAUGACUCAGUAGCUAUCCAGGAAAUUCCGGACGAUGCAGAUAAGGUCGAUAUAGAACAAAUCAAACAACGAAAAGGCAAACGCUUCCCACGGAAAGGAAAACAAUCUCGCUUGUUGGACCCACCUUUAUGUGGCAUAGUUUUUGUGGACAACCGGUUUGAUGCGCGAAUUCUGUUUCACUACUUGAAGGAAGCUGCCAGAUUAGACUCAAAGUUAAUCGGUUUGAAUCCCACAUUGGCUAUUUGUUCAAAUCCCGAAUUUGGCAAAGAUUCUCGAGAAGCUGAAAUGGAGCACAAGAAACGAGAAGAUAAUCUCAGAAAAUUUCGAUACCGCGAAGCAAAUUUACUAAUCGGAACCUCAAUCGUUGAAGAUGGUAUCGAGUUGCCGAAAGCCAAUUUAGUCGUUAGAUUUGAUGCUCCAAAGUCAUUCCGUUCCUACUUGUUUUCUAAGGGAAGGGCUCAAGGACGAGAUGCAGAAUUUUUUAUAUUUGCUGACGAGAAGUAUCUUUCAUUUUGCCUGCGACAAUUGGCUACUUACCGACUUGUUCAAGAAAUACUUUUAGCAAAUUGUGUGAUACCACGAACCAAUUCUUCCGCCGAUGUUUGUCUGGAUAAAGCUUUGGAAGACAGCUUCCCGAGAUUCAAGUCUGCAACUCUAUCCACUUCGAUAGCGAUCGUGAAUCGAUACUGUGCAAGACUUCCAAGUGACACAUUCACCCGAUUGGUCCCACUUUGGGCUGUCAGUCCAGUGGUGAAGGAGGACGAGGCGAAGAAAGCACCAACGCUGAUUACUGGAGAAAAUGAAUCUCGUUUGUAUACCUGCACUAUACGAUUACCCAUCAAUUCACCUGUUAAAUGGCCAAUUACUGGUGUUCCGAUGAAGACAACAAAUCUCGCGAAGCAGGCUGUAGCUCUACAAACCGUUAUAGUAUUGUACACGAAUGGGGAAUUGGAUGACAACCUCGCCCCAAUUGGAAAGGAAGGAGUUGUUCCAGAGGCUGAUCUGUGCAUCGUUGACGACACAGAAGAAGAAGAAGAGCAUGGCGAAUUCAGACCAGGCAGCACGAAACGGCGACAGUAUUAUGACAAGAGACUUGCUGAUGAGCUUGUUUAUUGCCUUCCAAAGCCUGACAAACCUGUUUUCUUAUAUUGGAUUCAGAUGAUACUAACAUGUCCCCUUCCUGAUGAGCAGAAUACACGGGGACGAAAGUUACACCCACCGGAAUUGUGUAUUCAGUCAUUUGGGAUACUUUUAGCAAAGGAAAUUGAAUUACUUCCUGCAUUCCCAAUUUAUACUCGUUGUGGCGAGGUUCAAGUGCAGUUGGUUCGUGUUCCAAAUGUGAAUGCUUCUCAAUUUACUGCUGAUAAUUUGGAGAAGAUUUCAACUUUUCACCAUUAUACAUUCACUUCAGUUCUCCGACUCGAUAAAUAUCUUACAUUGUUUGAUCCUGGACUGUCUGAAAACUGCUAUUAUGUUGUCCCUUUGCGAGCAAUCGACUUUGAUCGACAUCCAGAAGGAAUUGUUGACCUCUCCACUAGAGUUGUUGAUAUUGACUGGAAAUUUUUGGACACAAUUUGGGAAAGCAGGAUUUGUGCAGGACCUGUUCCAAAAAGUGACGAGGAUAGAAAGGAUUAUACCUUCCGGAAGGAAGAUUAUGAGGAUGCGGUAGUUAUGCCUUGGUAUCGAAGCAAUGAUGCACCUCAAUACUUUUACGUUGCCGAAAUUUGCAAGAGUUUGACCCCAAAGUCACAAUUUCCAGGAUGCGAGUUUAAAACAUUUCAUGAAUAUUAUCAGAAAAAGUACAACAUUGGUAUUCAAUGUGUCGAUCAGCCACUGCUUGAUGUAGACCAUACCUCUGCCCGUCUUAAUUUUCUGACUCCGCGCUACGUCAACCGGAAAGGAAUGGCUUUACCAACAAGUAGCGAAAGUACAAAAAAAGCUAAACGAGAGAAUCUUGAACAAAAACAGAUUUUGGUUCCAGAACUGUGCUCUAUUCAUCCAUUUAAUGCAUCAUUGUGGAGACAGGCCGUAUGCUUACCAUGUAUUUUAUACAGGCUGAACUGUCUACUUAUAGCCAACAACAUUCGUUUAACUGUUGCAACUCAAAUAUCUGGUUUGGGCCAGAUAACCUUACAAAAGGGUUUCAAGUGGGAGGGUUUGUCAUUUGGUUGGAGCUUAAGUGAUGUUCUGGCUAACUUAUCACAAACUGGAAACAAAAGUGAGUUACUCGAUGGUGAUUCUAGUAGAGAUGUGACUAAAGAAGAAGAGAUUGUUGAAGAGGUCUUCGUGGACAAGCUUCCUGAAGAAGAGCCAAAAAAGAAAGAAAGAGUAAAGUCAAAAUCUGCUAAAAAGAUUGAGAAGGAAGCUGAAGAAGAGCUCACUGGAUUUGCAAAGGCUGCAAAAGAGGCAACUUUAAGCGGGGUCUCACUUGCCGAAGCACUGCUUCUGAAUGAAAACCUCUUGGGGAAAUCUGCUAAUGAAAUUCUGAGUGAGGAAAUGAAAAAAUGUAAGCCCCCUGCGCUAGAAAUCGGAAUGUGGUCGAAUGAUAUGGCAGUUGAUGUAGAACCACCUGAAGCUGAAUUUGAAGAAGAAGACGAGCUUUUAGAUCCCACUGUCGCAUUCCCUUCCAAUUUAAUGAUGUUGGAUAAAAACUGGUCGUGGGGCGGACGUUCUAGAUUGUUUAAUCAUCGAGUUCAUCGAGCACUGUAUGGUAGUCCCACUCACUGGGGUGAAGUAUGGGAUCGAGAUGCUUUUAUACCCAUUGAAGACCUUGACGACCCUUCUUCUGGAAACACUGCUGGUGAUAAUGAUGGAGCAUCUGUGACUUCAGACAUGAGUGGAUCAGAUGGUUCUUUCUUGGACGAGGAUAAUACCUUGAAAAUUCAGUUUCACAGUGGAAAUACGGCUGAAGCCCUCGACAAGCGUAAAUUUGGAUUUGAACCUCGACAGGAAGAUAUGUGGACGGCAAAUGAGGACUUGUGGUGGACAAUGGAUGACGUUGAAGAAAUGAAUGAUGGGGAAGAGGAUAUUGGCGAUCAGCAAAUUGUUACAGAAGAAUUACUCCGUAUAGAAUUUGAAAAUGAAGUUAACAAUCGGAUCCCUGAAGUGAAGGAAAUUUUACCAUGGGAUCAGUUGACUAGGCUCCCAAUGAGAUCUCGAAACGAAUUGGCUCCAACGCCGACACAAACCGAUGUAGUGGACAGUGUCUAUGAAUCUCUUGUUCAGCAAAUGACGCCGCUCACUCCACCAGAACCAACUGUCUCAGAACCAUCGCAUAUUAAGGAAACAUUAAACAAGCACACUGUCCCUGAAGGAUCAUUCAGUUUUGAUUAUCAGCCAAAUUUGGCGAGCCACCACGGUCCCAGUCCAUGUCAGAUUCUUCAAGCCUUAACAAUGUCAAAUGCCAAUGAUGGCCUUAAUCUGGAGCGUUUAGAAACAAUAGGGGACUCAUUUCUUAAAUAUGCAAUAACAUCAUAUUUGUUUUGCACAUAUGAAAAUAUUCACGAAGGAAAGCUAAGUCAUUUGCGUUCCAAGCAGGUGAGCAAUGUCCACUUAUAUCGGCUUGGACGUCGUCGUGGUCUAGGAAAAGUUAUGAUUGCUGCAAAAUUUGAGCCUCAUGAUAAUUGGCUCCCUCCUGGGUAUCACAUUCCUAAAUCUCUUGACAAAGCUCUCAUACUUUCUAAGCUACCACCAAGCCAUGUAUCAAUGGCGCAGGUUGCCGCUCUAAAAAGCAUGUCACCCUCUGAAAUGGAAACAGCUUUGAAGAAUCACAGUGUAAAAUCAGAGUCUGAAUUUGUUCCAUACAACCUUGUAACGCAGCAGUCAAUUCCAGACAAGUCAAUUGCCGAUUGCGUAGAAGCGUUAAUUGGGGCCUAUUUAACAUCAAUGGGUCCCCAAGGAGCUUUGCUCUUCAUGUCGUGGCUAGGAAUGCGAGUUCUUCCAUCAACGACCGUGUCCCAAGAAGAUUUGUGUGCACGACUUGAGAGUGACGCUCAUUCUUCGCAAAAUCCGAUAAUUUAUACAAGAAUUGCAGGAUCUGAAGCCAUUAUAUUCCACAAGCUGACUCCUCCAAAAUCUCCCUUGCUCCGCUACAAUAGUGAAUGUGAACGAACAUUAGAAAUUUUAUUGAAGGGCUACGACAAAUUUGAAGAUGCUAUUGGGUACCAUUUCCGCGACAGAAGUUAUCUUCUCCAAGCAUUCACUCAUGCUUCUUACUCGAGAAAUGCGCUAACUGAUUGUUAUCAGCGUUUAGAAUUUCUUGGGGAUGCCAUCCUGGACUACCUAAUUACUCGUCACUUGUACGAAGAUCCGCGUCAACACUCUCCAGGAUCACUGACUGACUUAAGAUCAGCAUUAGUUAACAACACAAUUUUUGCUUCGCUCGCAGUUAAAAAUAACUUCCACAAGUUCUUUAGACAUGCUUCCCCUGGUCUAGGAAGCGUACUGCAAAAGUUUGUAACGUUUCAGGAGCAACACGGAAACACCUUGACCCAAGAUUAUUAUUUGAUGGACGAAGAAGAAUGUGAAGAAGCUGAAGACAUCGAAGUUCCAAAAGCACUUGGAGAUGUGUUCGAGUCAGUUGCAGGAGCCAUAUUCUUAGAUUCCAACAUGUCUUUGGACGCCGUGUGGAGUGUUUAUUAUCGAAUUAUGAGAAAUGAAAUAGAGGCAUUCAGUAAAAAUGUGCCGAAAUCUCCCAUAAGAGAACUUUUGGAGCUUGAGCCAGAGACUGCCAAAUUCGGGAAACCGGAAAAGCUUUGGGAUGGACGCAGAGUUCGAGUUACAGUCGAAAUUUUUGGGGUUGGGGUUUUUCGUGGCAUUGGACGAAAUUAUAGAAUUGCAAAAUGCACAGCUGCCAAAUGCGCAUUACGACAUGUUCGCAAGAUUCGACGAACUCAGACAAAACGACACUAUUAAAAUUAAUAUCGUUUGGCCAUGGACAAUGUAGGUGAACAUAAUAAAGUAAGCUUAAUAUUUAUAAUUAUGUACUUUCACUUAUUCAUUUGAUAUUAUUGUAUCGUCUGUGAUGUAAUAUGUAAUUAUAUGCAUAGUAGUUGUAAUAGUUUUUAGGCGAGCUAUGAAAUUCUAGCAUAUAUGCAUAUAUACAUAUAUAUAAUUUAGACACUUGAAACAUUUUUACUUAUUGUUGAUAGUUGAAAAUAAAUAAAAACUUGAAUUAAACAUCGA